UCAUAUAAUCCACUCUCGAUCUCAACAAUUAAACAUACACAACUCAAAGCAAAUAAAAACAGAGCAACUUCAAUCUCACUCCCUCGUUUCUCUCUGGAAAUGCUGAAAUCUUCAUUCAUCAGAAGACCCAAAACGGAAAUGAACUUUCAGAAAUUAAACCAUCAAUCUUCAAUGUCAGCAACUAAAUUAACAAGAGAAGAAGAGGAUGCAAUCAUGGUUGAAGCUUUCAAGUAUGUUAUAUCUUCUUCCUCUUCAGCCUCUAAUGGAGUAGAUUUCUUUGAUCAUUGUAGUCCAUCAACAGCUAGUAUGUCUAGUACUGAAAUUCAACAAUGUCCAAUACCCAUUCUAGAUUCUAAUACCUGUGAUACAUGUGGAAUUAGUGGUUGUUUGGGCUGUAAUUUCUUUGAUCAAGAUCAAGGAAGUAAAAAGAAAGCUAAGAAACAGAGCAACAAGACCAACAUUGUGAUGGAGAAGAAGAAGAAAAAUUACAGAGGAGUUAGACAGAGGCCAUGGGGAAAAUGGGCAGCAGAAAUUAGAGACCCUAGAAGAGCAACACGAGUUUGGCUUGGUACUUUUACUACUGCUGAAGAUGCAGCUAGAGCUUAUGAUAAAGCUGCUAUUGAUUUCCGUGGUCCUCGAGCUAAACUCAAUUUCUCAUUCUCAGAUUAUGACAAUAGUACUUAUAAUUCAUCAAGUGAUAUUCAUCAUCAGAAGCAAGAAAUUUCUCAGAAAAUUGACAUUAAUUAUCAGCAGCAACAACAACAGAUUAGCAACAGCAAUGUUGAGAAACCGAAGAUUGACACCGAUUAUCAAAUGAAUUUUACUUCAUCACAGACAGAGUCAUUGAUGGUGGGUCCUUCUACUACACUUGAUAAGCAAUUGUGGGGCAUUGAUGAAGAAAUUCAAAGCUGGACAUCACCUGAAGAAGAUGAUUUCUUUCUUACUUGUUUACAACAAUUUAGUCCCUAGAAGAAAUUUCAAGAAAUUACUUCCUACCAAUCAAGAGAUCAAUUUGUGAAUAGCAUUGUUAUACUCAUUGCGGACAAAAUGUAUUUCUCUCUUAUCCAUGAAAAUCAUGCAAAUCGAAUAUAUAUACUAUAUAUCAUUUGUCGAUAAUCUGUCAAUAAUUUC